UUUCGCAUGUAAUAAUACUAUCUAAUACUGUAUCACUAAUUUUUCUUUACGAUAUCUUUAGAUCAGCUGGAGACUUGGACAUUUGAAGACUUGUUAACGGAAUUGGACACAUUGCUUCUCUUUAUUAUACACUACCUGACAAGUGUCUACACAGAAAUAAUGUGGAAUAUGAUGACAAUUUCUCUGAAAAACACGACUCGUCAACUAAUGAACGACUAUGCUAGUGAAGAAUGCGCAAAUUCAGAAACAAGUGAUUUCACUAGAGAUGGAUGUGAUCUUUCAAAUUACAGAACUAGUGAGGAAAGUUCUGACUCCGUCUCAAAGAAACAGCAUUACCGGUACCUAUGGAUGAAAUUGUCCACUCUACAGUAUACAGGUUUUCCAGUGUUUUUUCCUCAAUCUAUGGAUAUCAAUUGGCAUUCAACUUCUUGUUUUUUCUAUUUCUGGGAUUUGGGUGGACAGGGGCCAUCUACCGUUUUGUAGCACCCAAGGACAUCGACACUGGUGAUGUGUUGCAGCUGCUGGGACUGUGUGUUGAAAUUGGAGAGUGUUUUGUCUGGAUUUUUGUUGGAUCCACCACAGCUGACACAGCACAGAGAGCGAUGGAUAUAGAGAUGAAAAAUAAAUUGUUGGAAAUAAUUAGGAGUAACAAAGAGAAUCUUUCUAAUGAAGAGGAAAAUAUAUUUUUGAAGAUUGUUUCAAGGACAAAAACAGAAAUGAAGUUGGGUGGCUAUGGCAGAAUUGAUAGGAACUUUCUUUAUAAGGUUCUACUUGCAUGGGCGAAUUACACACUAAUUCUUCUACAAUUUCGAAAUUUAAUUCUAGAUACCAGUAAAGAUGAUCCAGAUAAAAAAGCAGGUCUCAUUUUGGAGUGGUCUGCAGAUACAUAG